ACUGAGGGAUGGAUCUGACUCCAAUAGGAAAAGCGUGUAUCUAGAAGUGGUGCUAAUGGGAAGAGAUUUCCGAGCUCCAGAGGACGAUGAUUUGUCACAAAGGGUAGCUGGCUCGGUGCUUUGGGCUGGAGCCGUGUAGGAGAUCCUUGGAGAAGUCAUUGUGCACAGAAAACCGAAGACCUGUACAAACAUGCCUGUUCGCAGAGGUCAUGUGGCACCACAAAAUACGUUUUUGGGUACAAUCAUACGAAAAUUUGAAGGGCAAAAUAAAAAAUUCAUCAUCGCUAAUGCUAGAGUGCAGAAUUGUGCUAUCAUCUACUGCAAUGAUGGGUUCUGUGAGAUGACUGGGUUCUCCAGGCCAGAUGUCAUGCAGAAACCUUGCACCUGUGAUUUUCUUCAUGGGCCAGAGACCAAAAGACAUCACAUUGCCCAAAUUGCUCAAGCACUGCUCGGGUCAGAGGAGAGGAAAGUAGAAGUCACCUAUUAUCACAAAGAUGGAUCUACCUUCAUUUGCAACACCCACAUAAUUCCAGUGAAAAAUCAAGAAGGAGUAGCAAUGAUGUUUAUUAUUAACUUUGAGUAUGUAACAGAUGAAGAGAAUGUGGCAUCUCCCGAGAAGUGCAAGCCAAUAUUGCCAUCCAAACUUGUAAAUCGUAAACUUUUUGGAUUCCGGUUACCUGGAUUGAGACUUCUAACGUACAGGAAGCAGUCCUUACCACAGGAAGACCCUGAUGCAGUGAUAGUCGAUUUGUCGAAGCACAGCGAUGACUCAGUGGCUAUGAAGCAUUUUAAAUCACCUACAAAAGAAAGCUGUAGUCCUUCAGAAGUGGAUGAUACAAAAGCACUGAUUCAACCCCGUAAAUGUUCACCUUUGGUUAAUAUAUCAGGACCUCUUGACCAUUCAUCACCCAAACAGCAAUGGGACAGACUUUACCCUGACACGAUACAGACAAGCAAUCUACUAACCCAUUCCAGAUCAAAGGAAAGCAUUUGUAGUAUACGAAGAGCAUCUUCAGUACAUGACAUAGAAGGCUUUAACGUCCACCCCAAGAACAUUUUUAGGGACCGUCAUGCAAGCGAAGGGCCUUUUAAUCAUAUCAAGUCAAGUCUGUUGGGAUCCACAUCAGAUUCAAAUCUCAACAAAUACAGUACAAUCAACAAAAUUCCUCAACUCACACUGAACUUUUCAGAUAUCAAAAGUGAAAAAAAAUCUUCAUCUCCUCCUUCUUCAGAGAAAGCAAUUAUUGCACCUAAGGUGAAAGAACGAACGCACAAUGUAACAGAGAAGGUUACCCAG